CCAGAGCCUCCUCAGACUUCCAACAAUCCACCAAGGCACAUUGGUUGGUAGCAAAGGAACAAAACACUUUUCUCUUUCACCUCGUUACCCAAAACGUAAUAAACAACGGCAUCGUUUGUCGUUACGUAUUCUUCACAAGCACUGCGGAUUGGUGGGUACCAUGACGGCCAGGGUGGGUCCGACGACGGCGACGCGCAAACUCACGGACGCGGAAGCGGACACGUUGCAAACGCGUUUGCGCAGUUUCAUGACACCGGGAGGUCCGGAAGACGAAGAAGACGUGAAGGAAUUGGUCGAGUACCUCGUCAUUAUGGUGUCGAACCAAAAGACUGCGGAAGACGCGUAUCAGGAAAUGUUGGAAAUGGAUAUGGACUUUUGUCCCCCCGCGACGGCCCAAAACGUCCGUCGCGCGAUUACGGAAUUUCUGCAAUCGCUGGAUGCCGCAACGACACCAGUAGAGACUCCGGUAGAGGAUCAUGCCGAUAUAGACAACGGACGCGUCACCAAGAUUCAAUCGUCCGGACGCAACGCCCUUACCAUGUCGGGAGCGCUGGGCGCGUCACGCCAAGGUCGAGCUAAAAAUGAAGCAGCCCCCGCUCCUUCGCGUCGCGCCCCUCCCGCCAAGGAUCGUGCUACCGCUACUAGCACUACAGCAACCGGUGCUUCUGCAAAGACUGGUAGCGGUCGUAAAAGUCAACCACCCAACAACAAUCACAACAACAGCAGUGCGAACAACAACAACAACAACAGCCUCAGUCGUACGCCCCGCGAAGCCAACGGCGCUCCCCGUCGGGAUGACCGGGGCCGCGCCUUUGAUCGAUUGACACCGGGACGCUCCAACGAUGGCCGCCGAAGUGGCGGACGGGGCGGUCCCCGUGGCGGCACCCCCGACGCUCCUUUGCGUCGCCGUGACGAUGGGAGAGGCCUUGGACGGGGAACCGGUCCGAGUCCCCGCGGUGGACGCGCCGUGGGACACGCGUCGGGACAGCGGCGUGAACGCGACGAUUACAUUCAACCGGAGGAACACGAUUUUCUCCCUGCUGGACGAGGGCGGGGUAGCGGUCGUGGGUUCGAAGGAAGCCGCGGUGGUGGUGGUGCUGGCCGUGGAUUUGACGACGGCGGCCACAAACGCCUACGCCUGGACCAUCACCAUCCGGGUGACGGAGGCCAUUCCAACCAAUCUUACGCCUACGACAAUCAUCACGGCUACUACGAUCAAGGUUAUUACGAUGAACCCGGCUACCAGCCGUCCUACCGCGGCCGUGGGACUCCUCGCGGCCGGGAUCGUUUCGGUGGUCGAGGGCGUUUCCCGGGACGCGGUGGUCCACCCGCCGAGUCGGGGGCCGACGCGAGCGAACACGGCGGCGACGAAACCGCACAAGCGGCGGUCGGGCAUCCCUCGCCGCUGGUGCAAACCGCCUUUGCUGGACGUUCCUACAGUUACCGUGGACGCGGACGCGGCCGGGGAUACAACCCCGGUCGCGUCCACGUGCAAAAAAUACUCGCACAAAAUACAUGGGUUCGCAAGAAGGAUGGCGAUGGUGCCGAUGCUGACGCGGGCAAGGAAUAG